AAAUGCGUAGAAACCCCGUUGAGUGUGGAUGUUUCCGACAGCACCUGAAGGCGUCACGGUUCACCGCUGUGUGGCUGCAGAUCUUUGCGGGUCUGGAGGAUGAAGAGCGUGCGGGAUGCUGCUGCCUCGGUUCCGCUGGUAGUCUGAGGGGGAAACAUCCGCAGCCAUGGCCUCGGACAACUGCCUGUUUGUGUGGUCUGAUCAGUGUGUCAUUGUGUGUCCCCUCUCCCUCCUCCUGCCAGUCCCCCCAGAGGCCAUCGGCUUCCUGUCGGCGGUGGGCGUCUUCAUCGUGGCGCUGGCCGUCCUCUUCCUCUUCAUCAACAAGAAGCUGUGUUUCUCACGCGUCGGCGGCAUGCCGUGUCUGGAGCACCGUCACACCCACCGGAAGAAAACCCGCCAGGGAAUCCGCCAGGGGCUCGUGAGCAGCUACGGUGACGAUGAAGAUGACGAUGGCGUCAGCUCCUCCGACAGUGAAGAAGAGGUCCUGAAGCAGUUCGAGAUCUCGGUGUCGCGUUCGCAGAGUUUUCGUAUUUCGACGACGGCGGCGAACAUCAGCGAGCAGCAGACGCAGACGUCGCUCGGCCGACACCACAAAUUCAGCCGACUGUCGGACCAGGAGGAAGGCAGCACCGAGCCGUCGGACUGUGAAGAAAUGGAGGCUCAGAGCCAGCAGCGGGGUUUCAAGGACCCGCUCUCCGCCGCGUUGGAGGAAAGCGAGAGUGCGUCGGCGGUCUCUCUGGACAAAACCGCCGGUCUCAAGGCAUCGGGUAUCGGGGAGAGUCCCGCCCCGAGUACAAACCGGCAGGCCGCAGAUGGCAGCGAGGAGAUGGAGACGGCCGUGGACGUCAUGGACAGCUCCUCCGCCUGGAGCCCCGAGCAAGAGGAGCCUCCCCAGGACGAGGUCUCGUCUCAGUCGGCGACCUCUUCCCUUCGCCCCCCCAUCUCCACAUGUGGAGACCUGGUCCUCUCUUUGGAGUACCGCCCCGACACAGAGAAGCUGCUGGUCUCGGUGAUCGCGGCGCGGGACAUCCCCGACAAGGCCCGCAGCGGCAUGGACUCCUGGCAGGUGCACAUGGUCCUGCUGCCCGCCAAGAAACAGCGCCACAAGACGUUGGUGCAGAAGGGCUCGCUGCCGCAGUUCAACGAGACGUUUCGCUUCUCGCGCGUGGAGCCGUCGGAGCUGCAGAUGUUGGCCGUCAGGUUCAGGCUGUACGCGCUCGGGGCGUCCCGGAUGUCCCGCGAGAGGAUGAUGGGCGAGAAGGUGCUGCGUUUAGGCGGGCUGGACCCGGACGGAGGGACGAUGGAGACCACGCUGGUCCUGGAGCCUCGCAGUAACCUCAAGAGCUUGGACUCCCAGAUGAGUCUGUCCGCUGUGUCUCAGAGCGACAGCGCCUCGUCCACUCAGUCUCUGACCCACGGUGGUGUCCCCGAGCUGCUGGUGGGCCUCACCUACAACGCCACCACGGGACGCAUGUCAGUGGAGCUCAUCAAAGGAAGCCACUUCAGGAACCUGGCCAUCAACAGACCACCAGACACCUACGGCCGUCUGACCCUGCUGAACUCGGUCGGUCAGGAGAUCUCUCGCUGUAAGACGUCGGUGCGUCGCGGCCAGCCCAACCCUGUCUACAAGGAGACCUUCAUCUUCCAGGUGGCGCUGUUCCAGCUGUCGGACGUCACGCUGCUGGUCUCCAUCUACAACCGCCGCAGCAUGAAGCGCAAGGAGAUGGUGGGUUGGAUCGCUCUGGGCCAGAACAGCAGCGGCGAGGAGGAGCAGCUCCACUGGCAGGACAUGAAGGAGAGCCGAGGACAGCAGGUCUGCCGCUGGCACGUCCUGCUGGAGGCGUAACGCCACCCACAUUUAGGGUUUUGUAAGAGGAAAGGGAGUUUAUUCUUUUUACGUUGGGGGAAUGGUUUUGAUCGGCGCACCGGAUGCUGCAUGUGGCUUCAGAGGGGCGAUGGAUUGAAGGACUUCUCAGAGCAACACUCCACCGUCGUCGCAUCUAACAAAGCUGGUUGUUUUGCUGUCGACGAGAGGAACAAAUUCACCCGCUUCCGGAGGCCGAAACAAGAUUUGAAGUCAUAAAGAAAUGAAUAGAAGAAAAGCCUUCAGCGAGGUUCCACGACAAGUAUUUAUUUUGUCGUGGUAAAACCUUUAUGGAUUUGAAGGUUUCUUCCUUCUUUGCAGAAGAUCCGUCGGCCUCCAAAAGGAGCUGAGAAUGUGUCCCACAUUUAUAGCUUUUUGUUUUUGUUAAAGCAGCUCAGCUGGGAGAUGAGGGAGCUGCAGUUUAGUUUUUGUAGUGAAAUGCUGUGUUAGAAAGUACACACAAAUUAGAGGGGUGUGUGUGUGUGCGUGUGCGUGUGGGUGUGUGACUUGUUAUUUCUGAAGCUUGCUGUUCUUUUACUGUUUGGCAAAUCAAUGAAGAUUUCUGAACGAAUGCAGACAGGAAACGCAAAGAAGCAAACGUCCUGAAAAUGUAAAACUGAGAAUAUAAUGGUCACGUCCACUUUAGAAAACACAAACAAAACAAUUAAACAAUAAUAAUCAAUAAGUCAAUAAUUCAACGUAACUUGUAUCAGACAUUAAAUCACUGACAUAUCCUCAUUUUAUUUUCACCUCCACAGCUCGAAUUUGGGCUUCAAUUAACAAACUAACUUUCUUCACGUUAACACAUAAAACGAACAGCAAGCUCAUAUUUCCAACAUGUUUUUCUACUUUUAGUAGCUUUGACUGGAGCUCUUUUAAUGACGUCAUCUCGUCUUCUGCAAUAGUUUAAUGGUUCUCCGCUUCUCUCGAUGAAGUAAUAUUCUAUGGAAACAUGCAUUAAUUUGCAUUUUCUUUAAGCAAAUUUUCUAAAGAUUUGGUGAAGAUUUGCGCUUCAUGUGGAUGGAAACCUCAUCCUGAAAAUACUGAAACAAACACGAGAGUAGAAGUGAAGAUGUUGUUUGUUUUUUUAAGUGGGAGCAGGAAGGCGUCUCAUUCAUGUUCAGCAGCACUCAUUCAUAUUCUCCCCCCGACUUGUGUGCUACUACAGGAGGCAGGAAGCGACCGGCAGCUGGAGACUCUUAACCAGCGACCUCCUUCACUGAGGCAAAGCUCAUCUCAACGACCCGUCGACGCUGAGCUGAAAAGAGGCUUUAAAUAUAUCGCUGCAGCUGUUGAUGAUAACAUGCGAUGAAUUACCCUGGAAGUGUGUGUGUUCUUUACCCCCCCCCCCCCCCCACGCUCACUUGCUCUGUGGUAAUUGGUAGUUGUAUUGCUGUGGAAUCGUACAGUGCUGCUGAUAAUGCAGGGGAUUAUAUUUGUUUGUGUUGACAGAUACUGUAGCUCCAAACCCCUCGGGGGGGCUGGUUUAUUUGAGCGUUUGUUUUCUUCAGGCAGGUGACAACAAAGCUCUCUUUAGAAAACGAAGAACUGCAGCUCGCUUUGAAAAAACCUGCAAAAAAAAGAUGGUCUGUAAAUGACUUUUAGAAAGUGAAGCACAACAAUAUAUAUACUCACAAAAGAAACCCCCUAUUUUUUGGUGCCAUGAACACAAUGUUCACAAAAAGCCCACAAAGUAUGUUAAGCAUUAACAUUAAACUAUUGCUGUAUGUACGAGAUGGAAGAAGAUAAAUGCACAAAACAAAGUAUGUGAACAACCACAUACAAUGUUUAUAAGUGAAGACUGUUUCUGAAGAUUCAAAUGUUGAUGAUAAACCCGAAACCUCGUGAAGCACAUGACUCCAACAAACUUUACCUUUCAUAGUUUUAACUGACGUGUUUGUGAAGCAGACGUUUGACAAACAAAAUGUCACAGAUUAACACAACUGACCCACCACAUGAGAAGAACCUGUCCGUCACGAUGAGAACACAAUGAUUUACUUAUUUUAUUCAGAGGAGUAAAGUCUGAAAACAAAGGUCUUUAUAUUCAAAGAUGAAUGAGACGUGGAGGAGCACAAUUCAAUGGACGCAUUCUAUAUCUGUUUAAUGCAGGAAACGAGCUGUAAAAUGUUGACUGUCUUGUGUUUGAACUGGAAAUAUCUGUGAUGAUGAAGAAUACUUCAGGUAUAGAUGAAGCAUCGGGGGGAGAAUAGGAGUGCUGCAAAGGCUGGAUGGUUUUUAUUUUUGUUUAAUUUGAAUUCUUUUUUGUUUAUAAACACUUUUCAAAUAACACUUUUCAAUAAACACUUUCCCAGAAUAAUGGGAUUUUGAGUUUAACCUACGUUUGGGCAAAAAAAACAGAAGUUUACUACAAUUAGCUUCUGUUUCGUUAGCUUGUUUUUCUUAGUGGCUAUUUCUCUUUUUACAGUAAAUGGGUAUUUAACCGCUGUAUGUGCUGCUAAAACAAUUGGCCCUCCUUCAGUUAUUGUUACAGCAACAGUUUUACCCCUCAAAAUUAAUAAUAAAUCAUUUGAAUGGCAGCUAAUUGAUAUUAGCUCUGUAAAUUGUUGGAAACAUCUCUAUCUGACUCGUAUUACCUGCCAAUGCAGCAUCUUAAAUAUGCAUUGGCUGCAUACAUGAUAUCAUGCUAAUUUAGCUCUAAAGGCUAAAGCUAGCUUAAAGAAACUAACAUUGUUAGCUAGUUAGCCAUAGCAAGUUACAAUACCAGACUACUUCAUAGAAAUACAUGUUUUUAGCUCUUUCAACAAAGCUUGGAUUUUCUCUUCAUUUAUCAAACAAAAUCAUUUAUACAAUAAACUCCUUUGUGGAUUGUGAGUAAACUGUCCUCAAACCACAUUAGGAGCAGGAUAGAUGUUCAUGUUAAAAGUGUCGCUAGGUUACUACUGUAGGUAUUACGCUAGUUAGCGGGCCUGCUAACGUUAGCGUCUCGCUUUAAUCCCUUACAGUUUUCUUCUUGUUUUUAGUUUUGGAAAUGAGAGAAAAUACUUCAGAGUGCAAUGUUUAAAUCACCAAAGCUAGUCAGACCUAAGCUGCUAAGCUGUGAUUUGACAAUAACUGUUUGGUUAAAGGGUUAAGCUAACGGUCAGUAGUUUAAUUUGCAAUUAAAUUUGAUCAGUUAGCUAGCUAGCUAGCUAGCAGAAUACCUAACUUUUUGUAUUUUAAAAUUAAUAAACUCCAAGGCAGUUUUGCUGUGUUUAGGUAAUGUGUCUUUUAAUGUAUUGCGUCAUACAAAUUAAUUUAAAUAAUUGUUUUGUGAAAUAGCAAAAGCACAGACAGUAAAUGUCAUAUUGUAGCACAA